AUGCAGCAUUAUCAACAACCACAACACAACCACCAAUCCCAACCACGACUUCCCCCCAUCCUACCACCCCCAGGGUCUGUGCCCGCCGAGUCAACGUCCGGGUCUGGGUUUGUUUCAGGAAUCGAGGCAGCGGCGGCGUCGGCAUUGACAUUAGCCAACAACAUUGCGUUUCGACCGAUGACAUCGCAACCGGCGAAAUGCAGCAAGUUGAAGAUUCGCAUCUAUUUUGACUCGACUCUUUUCCAGGCGGGAGGGACUUUGUUUGGGCGGAUGGAGGUCACAGCCACGAGCUCGCGGUCCUUGAAACUGGGCGAAAUUGCAGUCGAGCUUGCUGCCUAUGAAGAAAUCACGUCAAAGGAGUUCACGGCAACACAGUCCUUCCUCUCAUCCCGCCUCUGCUUCCAGGGCACCGGCAUCCCCCCCUCAAACGCUGUCCACGGGCCGUGCGACGACGACGGCUUCUGGAUGGCAAAGAAGGGCAAGACAACCUUUCCCUUUGCAUUUCAGCUGCCCCUCGACUGCCCAUCCAGUCUCGUCUUUGGUCAGACCGCCUCUUUGCGGUAUGUUGUCACAGGCCUAGUUCAGGUGUUCUAUCAUGGGAAGGAUGAAACGAUCCUGAAGUCCAAAGAAGCAUUUGUGGUCGAGGCCUGGGAUGGAUACAACCCCGACUAUAGGAUACCUGUCCAGGCAUCCAACUCCACAAAGUUGUUCUGGGGAGGGAGUGGUACCCUCGAAUUAGAGGCAUUGCUGUCAGAGAGGCUACAUAGUGCAGGAGGCAAUUUGACUGUCGAGGUCAAAGUCAAGAAUAAUACCAGCCGAAAGGUGCAGGGCAUUCGCAUUGGAGUGGCGCGUCGAUUGGAGAUGGUAUCAGACAAAGCCCAGGCAGAGCUGAAUCCAGGACUGACGAUCGAGACUGUCAGUGUUUCUGAAGUCAUUGGAACUCAGGAGUUCAAAUCAUCGAGCUAUCUCUUUGACACAGGCGAGGAGCGCGCAAUGACUGUCAACAUGAUUGUUCCUGGAAAUGCCAGGACCAUCCGAGGAACUGCUCUCUUUGAGGUGACAUGUUUUGUUGUUGUUUCUAUGCUCCUUGGCGCCUUCAGUGGUGAACUGUCUGUGGAGAUCCCUGUCAAGAUUUGUCAUCCAGCUUCACUAACACCAGCACCAAAACCAAAACUGGAUCAGAACCACUUGCCACACCAAUACAACAUUGUCGACGACGACUUGGACUUGGACAAUGGUGGGCCAACAAAGUCCAACAGGAGGAUAGGAUCGAACGCCAGUUUGGCAGUUUCGACUAGGUAUGACCCUGAUGGACAAGACCAACAGGAUGAUUUAGGAGGUGUCGGGAGACAAGGAGAAUGGAACGGCGAUGACCGUGGAUUAUCCCCUGCAAACUCGAUCACAUCUAUCAAAUCCUUGCUUGCCAGCCCCAAGCAGAAACUGAGCAAAUUUGCCGACAAGAUCCAACGCUCGACCAGUCCAACUUCCAGUGGGCAUAUCCAGCAGCACAGGAAAGAUUCUGAUAAUCUCAGUGGGGCACCAAGUCGUCGCAUGGCCAAAUCGCCCCCUCUUGGACCAGCUGCCCCUGUUGCUUAUGUCCCUGCAGUCGAGCGAGUUCGGUAUACACCCUUUCAACCACCACCCACAACAAAGGCCAAAGAGUUUUUAAAAGCAGCUGCACAGUACCAACAAGAGAUGUCGGGCGCACUCGCUAGGUUUGGAGGAGACGACAAUGUCGAAUUCGACCUAGACGAUAAGACGAUGGCGACAGCGAUUCAUCAGUGGAUCUCAAAGAAGGAGUCAGAGGGACGAUACCGGAGUCAGGCGCCACUUCGCGCUCCGACAGCAACCAGACCCACGCCACCUAUCCAGAUCCCUGCGGCUUCGCCCAACCGUCGGCGCUAUCCGGUUGAGCCCAUCAACACCCAAGUUGGAUCGUUCACAUCCCAGAUCAGUCCUGGAAGCGCAUCUCCACAGAGCUAUUACAGUCCCGCAUCGCCAGAGCCUUCUUCUCCAACAGCGGCUGCCUUCUCAAACCAGACAACCUCAAGGUUUAUUCACCAUGCUCAUCGACAGCCAGCAGCUCCACAGACCGGGGAAUUUGGAAGUGCAGUAGAGGAUUGUAUGACCGACCCACCGCUCUUUGCACGACCUCUCCCACUACCCUCUCCACCACCCACAGGAUCGCCAAUGCGACCCGGUUUGCCCAACCCACCUGCGCAACCACGCCCUAUUUCUCCCUCCCCUGUUCCUAUCCCCAUCCAAACAGCUGAAAGUCUCGCCUUGGCCAGAGAGGCAUAUGAACGUGUCAAACGUGCCGGAUCGCCUAUCCCAGAUCCCCUCCAGAAUGCGACAACUCCAGGAAGCAGUGCACCACAUUCAGGGUUUGUUGCCUCUCCUCAUCAUCAUCCUUCAUCCUUCGACUCCAAUCACCACUACCAACACCCAAACAUCAAGGUCCCUGCCCCAGUCAACACAGCAGCAACGCAGUCCAACAUUGCGACCAGUCCCUCUGGGCUUUCGCGACUGCUAAACGAUCCCGCCUCCGCUCCCGGUCCACAACUCACCCACCAUGUCAAGCAUGGCCAUGACGGACAUCUCAUCGACAAUUCUCCUCCACCCACUUGCUCAAGCCCCGAACUGCGCCAUAUCCCACUGAAUCGACCUCUUCCUGUACCUGGUCCGAAACCGCAGCACUUAAAUCAAGUACAAGCACAACCUCCAGCGCAAAUCCCAGUUAGGGACCCAGUCGGAUCGAAUCCUAACAUCUUUACCAGAGAGGCAGAGGCGCGACCAAGACCAGAGCCGGCACCAAGACCUCCUAUAGCAACAGCGCCUGCGGCAUCAACAACAGUACCCGUGGCGGCAGCAGCAACGACAACCUCGAGCGGUCAUCUGCGAGGACCACAACCAGUGAUGGAGGAAGGAGCAACACGAUCGAGUCAUUUGUACACCCCGAAACCAACUCCGACAUUGACGGCUCGACCCCCGGCACCUGUGACGACAGUCCGAGUCGGCCAACAUGCCGCUCCUACCAACAAACCUCCUACCGCUAGUGCUGCCUCAGCUUCAGCGUCAGCGUCGGCACAGACACCAGCGACAAGAGCGACAGCAGGGCAUCUCAAGAAGCCAAUUGCACCAACAGGAGCAGCAAUGAAACCACAGGAUCCGAGCAGCGGGUUCAUCUACCCAAAGGCGACCCGCAAGCCUGUAGCAGGAACCAAACCUCCUACGAUUGCAGCCAAGCCCAAGAACCUGGCUUCCGCCUCGCAGCAGCAUGCUCACACUACAGACCCUCCUGGUCCUGACCAUACGACUUCUCGAUCUGUCAUGGAUGCAGCAGCUCAUCGGGAGUUUGAUCAGCGGCUGCGGAGGCCACUUCAAGAAGGCAUUGCUAUAUCCAAGAGCAAGGGUGAGAGCUUAGCACCCACGGCAUCCAUGAGAGCUCCACAAAUGAUCGCGGCGCCUUCGUCGUCGUCGUCGCCACCCUCGAAGAGUGCCGAGAGGAGGAGUGUGUCGCCUAGAGGUGACAAGGGGAUGCAUGUCACUCGUGGGUUUCAAUCUCCAAGGGAUGGCAUCUUGGAAGAAGAGCCAGGACAGAUGGAUAAGGGCCGGUCAGCAGUAGCACGUAAACAGCGGGGACCAACGGAAGGUUCGAGAGGUGAUGCCAGUGAAGAUCUACGCCAUCGACAUCACCAGCAGCAACACCAACACCAACAACGCUACCAACAGCACAGACAUGCAGAAGUACAGGGCUCUCCACAGGAUGAUAACAGCAACAUCAGUGGACCACCACCCAGCCAGGCCCUUGAUGAUGAAAUCGUCCAGGAGACACCCAGCGAGUUCCGAGCACACGCCAUCGCAGCAGCAAACAGUUUCCGAGCCAAAGGUGCCAACUCGGGUGGGUACGUCGUCAACACCGGCAAGCUGCGGCAGGCUAUCAGAAACACCGAUAGCAACAACUCUGGAGGAAGCAGCGGUCAGUUGAUCCAGGCAUUAGCCGAUGGAGCCAUGAGCGCAGCAUCUGCGGCUGCUUCAGGAUUGGGGUGGGGUGGUCAACAGUCCUCCUCUCCUCCCUCCAAACAAGCACCCAUCGCAGCUCCACGGCCAUCAGCGCAAUAUCGAGAUCGCCGAUCAGGUCAGAGCCCACAGAGGUCCUCGUCACCACCGGCGGCUCAAGGACGCCCUACUCGCCCCCAACAGCAACAACAACAGUCGCCACCCAAAUCACGACAUCUGGAUCGAGCGGCACCUGGGCGCAGUCACCAUCACCAGAGCCCUGUUGAUGAGCAGGUUCACGAUCUGACAAUGAAAGACAUUCAUUUCCAGACCCUUGCUCCUGGCGAGUAUGUUUUUGAGCAGCCGACGGCCGCCGCCAUGUUUGACCCGCCCUUGCCAAAUAUCUCUCCCAUCCGACCAACCUCCCCUCCGAUGGCGACGCCUGAGAAUGUAUCAGCGGUUGCACCAACGUCUAUGGCAGCAGCGCCUACGACAGCCACGACUACCAUCCCUGUGACUUCUAGCCAGCAUCAAGUGAAGGUGAUCCAAAGAGCAGCUGCAACCACAACGACAGAAGAUCACCCGCAACAAAGAGGCCCUACCCAGAGUCGAUCCCAGCCAGUCUCAAAAGUCAUGGACACGCCCUCCCGGAACGAUCAUUUGCCACCUACACCUGUCGUCGUGGCUGUAGAAGCUCAUUCAGACACUACAACAACACCCACUGCCUCAGUCAUCGCUCCUCCGCGAUUGGACAAGACUCUCCCCAAGAUUCAGGAGCAACCCACCCCCCGGUCUCGGAUCCUCGACCACCGUCCUCAACGACAACAAUCUCCGCCGACUGAGACCCCUAUCAGACCCUCUGCUGCCCCAGGGUCCGCAACAGCAGCCAUUUUCAACAGCAACAAUAUAUAUAUCCCACCCCUUGCCAAAGCAGCACCACCCUUGACACCCGCUCAACAACAGAGGGCGAGAUACUAUUAUGGUCGAGCAGCCGAGUCCUCUUCCACCUCGGGUGCGACCGCCCUUGCCGCCACCGGACCCAUGGCGUCGUCGGCGUAUACCUCUGCAGCUGGAGGUGGAGUUGGGGGUGUAAAGGCAAUAAACCCAAAAUUGCAGGAGUACAUCCAAAAAUAUAACCUAGCCGCCAACACGCGAUCAUAG